AUGGCCUACGAAGAGCUCCAAGCUCUUAUCAGAGACCUACACCAGACUCUAGACCAGAAACAUGUGGAUAAAACAGCUGCGCUGUUAAGUCGUGCGAAGCGUGCUCUUCUGCAGCUCAACGCCCUCAUCCCGUCCAGCUCAACUCCCCAUCCCCUCAUCUCCCUUGCCCGCGAGAUCCUGGAGUUGGGUGCUAUCACAUCUAUACGCCAGACUGAUGCCCCGUCCUUUACCCGAUUCUACCAACAACUACAGCCCUUCUACGACACUGAGAGACACCUGCAGGCAGCCUACGCAGAGGAGGCGGAGAUAAACUUAAAAACCAGCCAGCGGAGCAAGAUAACAGGUCUUUAUUUGCUGCUGCUUCUGAGCAUGGGGAACAACACGGAGUUUCACACUGUGUUGGAGGGAUUGGUGGUGGAAGCGUCCUUGAAGGGCCACCCCGUUGAAACCGAUCCGUAUAUCAAGUAUCCAGUUGAGCUGGAGCGCAGCUUGAUGGAGGGCAGUUAUGAUAAAGUCUGGCGUGAAACCAAGUCGGAAAGAGUUCCGUCAGAGGACUUUGGUCUAUUCUCAUCUAUCCUGGUUGGUACCAUCCGAAGUGAGAUCGCCGACUGCUCUGAGAAGGCAUACCCGUCACUCCCCGUCUCUAACGCCAAGAACUUGCUAUUCCUCGAUUCUGAAGGCGCCGUUGUAGAGUUUGCCAAGGAGCGAGGAUGGACGUUGAGGGAUGGACGAGUAUAUUUCCCCAGCCAACAGGAACAGGAGGAACAGAACGCGCCCCAGAAGUCUGGCAAGGAAAUUACGUUAACAACUGGUUCCGUGAUCGAGAAUACCAUUGGGUAUGCAAGGGAUCUGGAAACUAUUGUUUAA